CCCAAAUCAGAGCAGGGAGAGACAGCACUGCCAUUCAGAGGAGAAACUGCGUGGGUGUGCACUUGUAUAGCCUACAUGUAUAGGAGGUGCCAUUUAGCAGACACUGUUAUCCAGAGCGAGUUACAGGAGCAAUUAGGUUUAAGUGCCUUGCUCAAGGGCACAUUGACAGAUUUUUCACCUCGUCGGCUCGGGGAUUCAAAACAGCGAACUUUCGGUUACUGGCCCAACGCUCUUAACCACUAUGCUACUUGCGGCAUGUAUUAGUAUGUGCAGCAUGAUUGGUGUGUAUGUGGCCUGUAUGUGGGUGUAGUAGGUCUGUGUAUGUUUAUAGGAGGUUUGUGUGUAUAAGAAGAUAGUGUGUGUGGAGAAGGUGGUGUGUAGGCAGUAAGUGUGCGUGUGUGCGCACAUGUGUGCAGGAAGUUAGUCUUCACUCCAUCCUGUCAGUCAGUCAGUUGGUGAACUUUAACCACACGCUGCCCUCCCUGUGGUUGUCAUGGAAGGCGGUGGCGAGUUGGUGAUUCGGUUACCGGGACGAUCCCAUUCCCCGGACAACAACGGCAACAGUAACUUUGGGUUAGGCGAGUUUGGCCAGACAAUGGUGUUAAGGCACAAAGAGGUUCACCACUUCUUCUUGGCCCCCUUCAGGGAGCAGCCGAUCUACAGCACGCGGGCCCAUGCGUUCCAGAUUGACCCCAACACCAAGAAGAACUGGGUGCCCACCAGUAAACACGCUGUCACCGUGUCCUACUUCUAUGACAGCACCCGCAACGUUUACCGCAUCAUCAGCCUCGACGGCACCAAGGCAAUAAUCAACAGCACCAUCAGCCCCAACAUGACCUUCACCAAGACGUCUCAGAAGUUUGGCCAGUGGGCCGACAGCAGAGCUAACACCGUUUAUGGCUUGGGCUUCUCUACUGAACACCACCUGACCAAGUUUGCAGAGAAGUUUGCAGAGUAUAAGGAGGCAGCUCGUCAGGCCAAGGGAAAAAGUCAAAAUGGAAAGAUGGAACUAGCGACCUCUCCCUCUCAGGAGUCGCCAGCAGGUGAACUCUCUUCACCUCUGACUCCUGUGACUCCUCCCGCCAUGGACAACAUCAAUGGGACAGAUGACCCCUGUGACACCACACCCGAGCCCCGUCCUGAACCGUCUCAGAACGCACUGGCCUUCACACACAGCCCCUCCAUCAAUAAGCACUGGGAGGCAGAGCUAUCAGCUCUAAAGGGGAACAAUGCUAAGCUAACAGCCGCUCUGCUGGAGUCCACAGCUAACGUCAAACAGUGGAAACAACAACUGGCUGCCUACCAGGAGGAGGCCGAGAGACUACACAAACGGGUGACUGAGCUAGAGUGCCAGAGCACCCAGACCCCUGUGAUCAAAUCCCAGAAGACGGAGCUAAACCAGACCAUUGAGGAACUGGAAAGCGCUCUGAAGGAUAAAGAAGAGGAAAUGGAGCGGUUGAAAGAGGAAGUGGAGAAUGCUAACGAGCUGCUAGAGCAGAGACACUCCUUGACACAGAAACUACAGGAGACGGAGUUGCAUGGGCGAGUGUUAGAGGAGCAGCUCCUGGGAGCUGAGCAGCGAUUGGAAGAAAGUCAGGAAGAGCAGGAGAACUUCAGGAAGAGCCUAAGGACCCUACUGGAGAUGCUGGAUGGGAAGAUAUUUGAGCUGACAGAGCUCAGGGACAGCUUGGCCAAGCUCAUAGAGGGCAGCUAGAUAAUCACACACCACCUCCCACUGGCCAAACACUGAAUUACACAGAGACACACUGACCCCUACUGGCAGAGUCAGAGAACUACACACACAGAUACACCACAGGAGUGACAUGGCUCAUAGAGGUCCUAUAGAGCCCACUGGCUCACAGUGCCCCUUAAUGUUAGACAUACAGAACAGCACUCUCGCAGGUUAGUGCCCCCUUCUGCCAGACCCAUAGAACAAUAAUAUACACUGCUGCCAGACCCACACAACAACAUAACCCAGUGCUGAUGACAUAGAACAGCACCCCUUAUUGGCUCCUAGGUGUAUUGUAACUAUACCAUCUCCUUCCAAAAUAACCUCCUGCAGCUGCUGCCACACUGCCCUCAGCUGUUGAACACACAGAACAGGUGCCCCAUGCUGACUCUCUGAACAUAUGUCUGAGCAAUGACAACCUUUGCAGACUGACAGAACAGCUAUCCUUGCUGGUAGACUCACAGGAAUACGGCUUUACAGUUAAUUCAUAUACAGUAUUCAGUAUCUGGCCCAUGCAGAAAUAAAACCCACAAAUCUAGUGUUGCCAGCACCAUAUUACAACACACUGAGCUAUUGAAAACCAUAGAACUACAGGAGAGCCCUAAAUCAACCACUGAAACCCACAGAGCAGGAGCAGGAGUCAUGUCCAACACACAACCACACACCUUGGCCUAGGAUUUACAAAGGCUGCUGUAAAUUGGAGUACUGUUUACAUUGAUAUUCAAGUCUUCAUGAGUAUGACUGAACCUUUGCAAUAUGAAAAUAAUAUACCAUACUAUCACAAGAGAAUCUUCCAGAAGCAUUGGUCAUGCUUUAUUUAGAACUCCAGGUAGCCUAGCGGUUAAGAGCAUUUGGCUAGUAACCGAAUGGGUAUUGGUUAGAAUCCCUGAGCCGGCAAGGUGGAAAUAUCUGCUGUUCUGUCCUUGAGCAAGGCAGUUAAGCCCCAACAAAAACUGCUCCCUGGGUGCAGAUGACGCCAAUUAAGGCAGCCCCAGCACCUCUCUGUUUCAGAGGUUGGGAAACUGACUCUUGACUGGGAAAUGUCUUUAUGGUUUAUUCCUCACUUCUUAUUCCACCAGCCCAACUGGUUUAUUCCUCACUUCUUAUUCCACCAGCCCAACCCCAGAGACCUGGGGAAUGUUCCCUCUAAACUGCGAGCACUUCCUCCAGGACUGCAGCGCAGAAGAAAUGCCAUGCUGUGCUCAGAGAUGCAAGAGAUUGUAAUUCACUGAGUUCGCCCUAUAUAGAUCAACGUCUUUCCUGUGAUCGAAUCAACAUUAUAUCAGGCCAUUUCCAAUGCAACAAACCAAAACAAAUCAAACUCUGCAAGAUUGAGUCUGUGAUUGUGUUGUAGGCAAGACCAGUGCGCAACAGAGUAGAAUUAUAUUGUCGGGUGUAGCCCACAAGCGGUCUUUCAAUCACGGAGUGAAUGAGCUUUUCAGAUGAUUUCAGAUCAGAGUGCAGAGCCAAGCAAGUGCACAUUUGUUGAUAUUCUUUGCUAAUUAUUAGACCAGUUAUAGAUAAGUAUAGGUCAGAAAUGGGGAGUUACUGCUUCCUACAAGAGCACAAACCUUGUAGGCUACAUUUCAAGCACUUGUGGAAAAGCCAGUCAGGUAAAAAGCUUUUGUCUUAAUUAAAGGGUCAAUGUACUUUGAGUCAGGCUUGAAUAUGCAAAUAAGCCAAUAGACAGAGGGGUAGCCUAUAUUGUCUAAUUCUCUGUAUGGUAAUAAUAAUUCAUUUUAUUUUGUGAAAUGGUUUCUUCCGUCAUACAACACAAUGCAAUCACCUUUUUGGCCCAUGAUGUUACAGACCAAGUAAAAAAUAAUGAAUUCAUGUCAAUGUAAAAACAUUUUUAAAAGUCUCAUGCAAUGUAGGCCUGCAUUGAACAACACAUAUAGGCUACUGUAGGCCAUAGAAAACAAAAGCUAUUUCCAUGUGAAAAUGUUAUGGGAUUUGCUCCAUUGGUUGUGUUGGUAGGCCUACAUUAAGCUCAAAUAGCCACAAUAGCCUAUUGGCUACUUUCUAAAACUGUAAGGGUACAGCCUCAGUGUUCAUUGUAAAUGCGUGCUGGAAGUUGCACAGAAUUCUCACAAUGUUGCUAAGUGCCCCCCAAAAUUUGAGGAAACAUUGGACCUGGGGUUUGGAGAAAAGUUUCAGAACGUUUCAAGCAGUUCAGAGUUAGCCCUGUUCAUUUGAAAGAUGUUUAAAUGUUUUAAAACCUUACACGUUCUGAAUCCACCAUUACUUCCUCCUGAACAGAGAACACACUGCUUGAGUGUGUUGGAGUGUGUGUAUGUGUCUAGAGAGACACAUGCACACAGAGGCCUGUACACACACUGAGCAAAACCAGACAUUCUCUAGAUGACAGACACUUUAAUCGAACAAUCAGGUAUUCAACUCAGUGGUCUGACUCGGACACCAAGACUGCACCUCAAAUGACACUCUAUUCCUCAUAUAGUGCUUUACUUAUUAAAAUAUACAUAGAAAGACAGAUAGGUAGUUAGGAAGAUAGAUAGUUGAAUAGUUUAUUUAUGUAACUCUUCAAUAAAAAAAGCAUAGUAUGACAUUUAUGCAUAGGCACUUUAACAUUCGAGAUUAUUAUAUGGCUCAAAGCAUAAAUGCCGUAUGUGCAAGGAAAGAAGAAAAAUGGUACCAUUCAUGUGUCUACUGCACUUUAAGGCGAAUAAGGGGAAGAGAUGCACACUAAAAGUCUUUGGUCUCAGAAACACUGCGUACACCCACAUGAAAAAAUACUAUGGUUUACUAUAGAAUACUACCGUACUUACUAUUGAAUUCUGUAGUAAACUGUAGAAUACUAUACCACACACUGUAGUAUCCCAUUAUCAUGUGUAGUACUUACUAUAGAACCGAGGAGACUGGUGGGAGGGCUAUAGGAGGACGGGCUCAUUGUAAUGGCUGGAAUGGUGUAAAUGGAACAGAGUCAAACAUAUGGUUUCCAUAUGUUUGAUGUGUUUGAUACCAUUUUAUUUAUUCCAUUCCAGCCAUUACAAUGAGCCAAUCCACUUAUAGCUCCUCCCACCAGCCUCCUCUGCUAUAGAAUGUUGUAGUAUACUGUAGAAUACUAUAGUAUUAUCUGCAAAAAAACACUGUAGUGUAUAUACUAUAUAGAUCAGGGGUGGGCAACUCCUGUCCUCGGGGGCCUGAUUGGUGUCACACUUUUUCUCCAUCCAAGCAAACACAGCUGAUUAAUCAAAUUGUAUUCUAAACUGAAGAUCAUGAUUAGGUGAUUAUUGGAGUCAGGUGUGUUAGCUGGGGCAAAACUGUGACACCACCCCUGAUAUAGAUACUACUAAUUAAAUACUGUAGUAUAUAAUUAGCAUAUACCUGCCCAUUCCCCACCCCCAUAUCCCAAUUUGUGCUACCCAUAAGUGAGAAACCUAGAUGUCAAGUAUGCGUUCACUACAGGGUAUGGAAAAGAGCAUAAGCGGUGAACUGCCUGCCUGCCUGCCUGCCUGCAGGAUCAUUUUCUCUUUUAGUAUUUCUCCAGUAGGUUUUCUCAAGGAGAAAGCCUUCACUUCCAUGUCAAAGAUAAUAAAACAAAAACGCUAUAAUAAAUACUACAGUAAUGUCUGCAGAAACACUACAAUAAAUACUACAGUAUACUACAAUUUGCAAAAAACACUACAGUGAAUACUAUAGUAUUGUUAUACCAUAGUACACUAUAGUAUUUUUUCAUGUGGGCAGUUCUUCACCAUGGACCUGGACUGCGAUGAAUACAAAAUAACUGUCCUUAGUUUAUAUAUUUUUUUAUAUUCAGUAUAUAUUAUGUAUAUUAAAUAUAAGACAUACUGUAUAAUAUAACUUUAUACUUGGGCUCGGGUGUAACCAGAAAGUUGGUUAAAUCUGCAAAAUAAUUUUCUGUUGCUUUGCUGUACGUUUUUGGAUUACAGAAAUCAAUAUCUUAAUUUUGACAUGAAUGAUGUUAUACUGUAAAUGAAAGGCUUUGUUGAGAUAAUGCGGAGGAUAUAAGAAUUUGUUUUCCCAUUUUGUAACUUAUGGUACUUAAGUUAAGUAUGAGUGUAUUUAAAGCUGUGAGAAAGCUGGCAAUAUUUUUGAUUAUUUAAGUAAUUUUGAACAAAAGUGAGUAUGCUAUUUAAUAAGACGUACCUCAGGCUUUGGAUAAUGAUGCUAGGGUGUACGGCUGGUGUGUUGAAGCAAAUGUGAUGAAAUAUGUGGUUGUGGUGGAGAUGAAUUUGCCGAAUUGUAUGGAGAAUUGACACUAUUUCAAAAGUUUUGUAAUCGCCAUGUCCAUGUUGUAAUAAUAUUACUACAGGAAGGAAUCACUGUUUAAGUAAAGUUCUUAAAAUAGUUUCUAGACUGACCAGCUUUGCAAUGGGACACAUUGGUUGAAAUGACAUCAGGCUGACAUAUUCUGGUUGAUGUAUAUUUCAGAAAAUGUCCAGCCUUUUUCCAGACUUAUUCUAUUGUUCUUGAAAAAGACAUCUUGAGACAUUUGGAUAUCUGAUGUAAAAACAGAUUUCAACCACAACAAUUACAUAUUUAUGACAUUGUAUGCUCACUGGGUCAUGUUGAGAAAUAUGUUGGGUUUAGAUUUCAGGGGUUCCCUGCACUGUCUGUUUCUUUCAUUCACAGAACCAUGGACAUGAGAAUGGACUACUGGGAAAUUGUUGGGUUUUAUUUUUCAAAACAGCUGAUGGACUAAACUGUGUAGCUUCUUUUAUAAACACAUAAUAGCUCUCCUUGGUCUGGCUAUAACUGCCAUGGAGUCAGUUUGUAUUUCCCUGGUGGAGGUAGUGAUACUGUUUGCAGAAGCAUACCUUCAUUAUACAUUGACAAAAUUGCACAGAAUGUCAGGAAAUUCAACACAUAAGUAAAUACACAAAACACCAUGAAUGGAAUUGUAAAAUACUUAAAUUAAUUAACUAGGGUAAAAUAAUAAAACAUGUCACAAUUUAUAUUUUUCACAGAAAGAGAGGCAACUUCAGUACUCGGUAAACAAGGUUUUAUUAAGCUUUGAAUACAUAUGAGAAACAGAGAAAAGGCAAAAAGUUAUUUUUUGAAAAACUAUUGCUACAUAAAUGUGUCUGAGAAACCAUUAAAUGUUCAAAUAAAGACAUCAUUUGAUCGUUUUAGUCAA